AUGGCGGACGAAGAUCUCUGGUUUGACACUGAUUUGGAAAUUAUUCUAUCAACAAUGCAAGCGAAAGCUAUUUCGGAUAUCAGUCAAGCGUUCCAUUCGACAUCGAUACAAAAGAACUCUGGACCUGGGAUUAUUCUUUCGGCCCUGGACAUCCAAUUUUUCAAUUGCCCGCCCCUGCCAUCCAAUACCACUGGGUUGGAUAAUAUGAUCGUAUUGGCUCCAUUUUGCCUGGAUACCUUGGAUGAACUGGCGAGCAGAGGAGCAGAGUAUAUCCUAGCCCAUUUUCCCGAUAACAUGAUAAUUGAUUCGGGGCUAGACUCUGUGUCUGGCUUUGGCAAUGUCAAUCGGACUCAAGGCGACGAUUUCAAGUCCAAAGUAUUGGAUGGUGAGAAGCUCCAGAUCACUUUUAGCCGUCCACAGCAAAUAGUACAGCACUAUUCUGAAACAGAGAACACAAUGUCUGGAGGAUCUAUGAGCGGGUCAAUCCUAUCCACAAUCCCAACAGCUCAAGGGGCAUAUGGAAUCAUGUCUGGCACUUCAAUGGCCACUCCAUAUAUUGCUGGUGCUGUUGCAUUGCUAAUGGAAGCCAGAGGCAAGAUGGAUCCCAAAUCAGUUACCAUGGUUUAA